UUCACUUUCCGAUAUUACAGAGGACACAACAACAAAUCCGGUACCAUCACAGGACGUGGAAAAGUCUAUUACACGUCAAAUACAUCUUCCACCGUGGAAGGUUGAGCUCAUUCGUCCCUAUACAAGUAUCAGACUUUUGUGCGGUCGACUCGUUCCAGGAAUUUCAUUGCAUUCAUAAACAAAGGUCAUAAACAAACUCCCUGUCGGUUCCAUCAUUUUUCUUACAACACCCUUCUUUCACAACACUCAGGAAACACAGGGAUGCCUGCAAGAACAAACACUUUCACGAGCUUUGUGAAUGAUGUCGACUCGUUAAGAUACCCAACUGAUCCUGGAUCUGUCGAUACGCUCAUCCCACCCUUGAGUUACGGCUUACAACCAAGGCCACCGUUCAAUGCAAAAACCAUAGAACCAGUCGAGGUUGAAAAUUCUCCAGAGCAUUUGGUUCAACUAGCCAGACGUCGGACAAGUAGAUCGUCAAAGGAAAAGUUUUCACAUAGAAAGGCCACUGGGUACUCAAGACCACAGGGGAGACCACUAUCCAAGGAAACCACUGUCAGACUGACACUGGUUCCGACGCUGGGAAUCUUGUAUUCGCUACUUGUUUCGGACUCAAUGCGCAAACCUUUAAAGGUUCUCAAGUACUCCAAUGAAAAGGGCUCAGUUAGUAUCACUGAUGAAGAGUUAUCAACUAGAAAUGCUGUUUCAGGCUUUUCAAGCUUACUAAACGUUCAACCAGUGAAAUUCGUCGAGGAUAUAAACUCGUCGCCAAAGGGGCAUUCCAAGGUCCCUCAGUUUUCAUCAAUAGACGAGGCGGUCUAUAACCUGUUUGGUAUUUCAGAAUACUCCCUUAUCAGAGUAACAAGAGCAGCGGCAUCAGAGAUUGGAGGAUCUGUUCUUCUCAAGCUGGAAACUGCAAUGCCUGGAAAUCUCUACCUUAACGAUGAUGACGAGGAGGAUUUCCGUAGUAUCCAACUCAACAAGGAGAUGUAUCAAGAAACUCUCGGGGUAAUGGGGCAAAGACCCUCAACAACAUUUCUGAAGAAGAAAGUGGCACGGCCUCGUUAUAAGGCGGAUAUGCGUAUCUACUUGAUUCCAAGGGCUAUCACAUGUGCUAUCUAUUGUGAACCGAGAAUUUUUAAAAGGGAUCUCUUACGUGGCUUCCUCAAUAUGAACACGGGUGAACGAUCCAUUAUAUCGGCAUUUGACUAUGGCGAGUUCCUUCAUGAUUUGAAGGGUGAAGGUAAUGCGGAGCUUCUGAGUAUAAAUGGCCUUCCAAGUUUGGGAGAAGUAGAGCUGAACCAAAAACGAGCAGCUCAGCCAGUACAACAGGUAGGACAGGCACCAGCUCCUGAACCACUUCGAGGGAUAUAUGAAGCAUUGCCAACCGCGAAAAAGACUACAAAUGUGGGCUCAUACAACUCACCACAGUAUGAGCAGCUUCAAGUCCACCAAUAUCCGCAAGUUACUUAUACACAAGAGGCUGCAGUGCAGCAGCUGUAUAACCAUCAGCAACAACAACAACAACAACAACAAACAAUGGGAUAUACUCCACAAGUAGCGCCAAUGAUAUCAUCCCCAUAUCAGGCAGGAGUUCCACCAAGACAGCUUGAGAAAACACAGAUACCACCACUGCUGCAGUACCCAGGAUCCCAAUCGAGUACUCUGCAACAGCCAGGUCAGUAUCUUAUGUAUAGUGCUCCCUCGGGACAGGAGUUCUCUCAAAUGUCUUAUGGGCUGAACAGGCCACCAUUGCCAAUAUCGGGGCCUUCACAUCAACAGGUAGUUUCUGGGCAGUUUCUGCAGCAGGGCUUUGGUUACCAAGUCAAUCGUCCAUAUCAAUAUUCAACUAACGAAGAGCAGCCAUAUCCAUAAGAUAUGGCUGCUGUGGUGAGCACUCCAGAGGCUCUAAGAAACACAUGCCACGAACGCUACACUUCUAUAUAAACUUAUACUUAAUACACAAAUCAACAGAAGAGGUCACACUGGUGUCUCAAUGGAAGCACUGGCUGUAAUCUCCCCUAUAUCUGUUGGGCUGUGGUGUACAGCGGGAUUGUUGGCCCGGUGAUAUAAAUCUUCAUGUGUUAGUAAACAUCAGAAAAGGUA